CGGGCAGUGAUGGCGGCGGGUGAUGGGGACGUGAAGCUAGGCACCCUGGGGAGUGGCAGUGAGAGCAGCAGCGAAGGCAGCAGCGGGAGCCCGGGCGGCGCGGGAGCGACGGCCGAAGGGGGCGGCUGGGCGGCAGCGGCGUUGGCGCUUCUGACGGGGGGCGGGGAGAUGCUGCUGAACGUGGCGCUGGUGGCGCUGGUGCUGCUGGGGGCCUACCGGCUGUGGGUGCGCUGGGGGCGGCGGGGUCUGGGCGCCGGGGCCGGGUCGGGCGAGGAGAGCCCCGCCGCCGCUUUGCCGCGCAUGAAGAAGCGCGACUUCAGCUUGGAGCAGCUGCGCCAAUACGACGGGUCCCGCACCCCGCGCAUCCUGCUCGCGGUCAAUGGGAAAGUCUUCGACGUGACCAAAGGCAGCAAGUUCUACGGCCCCGCGGGUCCAUAUGGAAUAUUUGCUGGUAGGGAUGCCUCCAGAGGACUGGCGACAUUUUGCCUAGAUAAAGAUGCACUUAAAGAUGAAUAUGAUGAUCUGUCAGAUUUGAAUGCUGUACAAAUGGAAAGUGUCCGAGAAUGGGAAAUGCAGUUUAAAGAAAAAUAUGAUUAUGUAGGCAGACUGCUAAAACCAGGAGAAGAACCGUCAGAAUAUACAGAUGAAGAAGAUACCAAGGAUCACAAUAAACAGGAUUGAACUUUGUAAACAACUAAAGUCAGGGGCCUUCAGAACUGCGAUUCUUACUCCCUUUCACAGAAUGUCCAGCGUCUUUGGGUUUGGUUCACCUGCUGCAAAAAACGUUCAACAGAUUGUGUGUACAAGCUAAAUGAAUCUCACUAUGAAGUUUUGAAAACUAGACAUUAUUUAUGCUGCCAAACUCAUUUGUUACAGUUGUUUGUAAUGUCUGGUUGGGGCUUCAUCAUCCUGAAAAGGAGACAGGAAUUAUUUUUUAUAGAGCAAGAAAGUUACAAGGUUGCUUUUCUUAUUUUUAAAAAAUCAAAGACAACCAGAUAUGUAUUUGCUACUUAAGUAUACAAAUCUCAAAAACAACAAGGGAUUCCUAUUUCCUUUGCUGUGCUUUUGUUUUGGUAUUGAGGGAGGGAGGAGACCUGGGCAAGGGAAGGCGGGGUGCAUAUCAAUUUAAGUAGUUUAGACCAGCGGUCUCCAACCUUUCAGACUUUGCAGACCAUUGGUUGGCGACUGCUGGUUUAGGCUACUGAAACAUGCAAAUGUGAAUUCCCAAACUUUUAUUUUUGGGUUUUGUCAGGGAAAAGGGAAAAAACAAAACUUCAUUACUAAGAAAUCUUUGCAUAUUAGGAGACAGGAUUUCAAGUGGAUUUUAAGUUAAAGAACUCCAACAGUAAGAUCAUUUGAAACUAGUUUUCAUCCCUUCCCUUCACCUAGAUCAAAUCAAUAUUACUUGUGCCUUAUUUCACUUACAUAGACUUGAAUUAUUUUUAGGGAAAGCCCCUAUGUGAAUUCAGAAGUCACUACAAGCAGCAUUGAGACCGAAGUUGGAAUCUUCUGUUGACCGCAAAACCUUGUCAUUCUGUGUAUAUAGAAUGUAAAAGGAAUAUUCAGUGUUACUGCCAUAUAUGUUAAUAUACACAAACUUAAUUAGCAUUUUAAUGGCCAAAUGCAUUCCCCCAUGCUUUUUUCAAAAAAAUCGAAAACCAAAUCAACAACUCUAUCCCCCAACAGCUCCCUAAUUUUAGGACUCUGACCCUCACAGCUCACUAGUGUGGGUCCAUGGGGCCGUAGUAUGGAUGUUGUAUGGGUGUGUCUUAAUGUGUGAGAGCACCUUGGGAGGGACUCUGCAGAUAUGUAAAUACCAGUACUGUUUUAAUAAAGCAUGUAAAAUAAACCAAAAUAAGCUUGAGUUGGACUUUAUAUACUAACUGUAAGCCAGUGCAUUAUGUGGUAGUCAAGAUUGUGCAUUUGAUUCAAGAUGAGGAAAAGUCUUGGAAAUGAAAAAGCAAAGACUGGUUAACCAAGUUGUACACAUUGUACCACAUUCACUGUAACUUUAGGAAGAAAUUCCACUUUGUGGAACACUCAAGAAAUCUGAGAUUAUUCAGGUAAGAAUUGAUAUAUAAAAAAUGUACAUAUUCUUACUUUAUAUUUUGAUGCCAACUAAUACUAGAAGUAACAGCACUCCAGGUGGUUUGUUAUUGGACACAAAACAAUGAGGGUAUUAUAACAAUAGGUAUUAAAUGCUUCUCUUGUUAGUUUGAAAAAGCUCUUAUAUGUUAGAUACGUGAUUUCAUCAUGACUAUUUGGUUCUUGGUUGGGGAUAAAUUACACCAAAAAAGACAAAUUUUACAAGUCAUGAGUUAAAGAAAAGUCUUCUAUUGCAUUAUGAGUAUGAUAAAUGCAGAAGCCAUCAAAGAAAGGGGAACUCUAAUUGCAAUAAUAAGCUAACAUAUGUAAAAUACAGCAGGUCCUCGAAUAACAUUGUUUUCAUUAUAAGGUUGAGGAGAUGCUGUAGAAACUUAAGUGUUGUUUAUAUCAAUUAGCCUAUGGUAAAACUGGUUUCAUUAUAUGUCAUUUAAAGUUGCAGAACCUAUCAAUGAUGUUAAGUGAGGACUUAAUGUACUACAUUCUAUCAUAUUUAGUCUUGGAAUGUUUUGUAGAAAAUGAUGGACUUCAGCCAAAUCUUAGCUGAAGACUGGUUGUAAAGAUGAAGAAUGCUAGUAAAUGCUUUGUGUGUUUUUAUGUAAAAUAUUUUCUAAACAGAUUUGUUGAAGUAUUUGUCUUCUGUAUUAAUAUAUAAUAUGAAUAUAUAUAUGAAUACACAUAUUCAUAUAUAUGUGAAUCAUUUGAGCCUGAAGUUCAGAAAUAUACAUUUGUGAAUACAGAAACCCUAAAUAUUCAUGCAGUGAAAAUUAUAUAGUAUGUUAAGAAAAAUGAGUAAUUUUGUGUUUUGGACUCAAAAUAAACCAUGUUCUACAGACAAUUCCUCAUUUUCAGUUGAGU